AAAAUUAAAAUAAAAUGAAUUUGAAAUAACUAUCAUCUCAUGAAAGUUUACGGAAACCGGCAACAUCGCUUUCAUACUAAUGCGAUGGUGGCGCUAACUAAUAGUAUGCUGGGAACUACGCCGUGUUGACAGUGGCGGGCAUUUAAUAAAUUCAUCUUGUUUUAUAUUAAUUUAUCUAUGGUUUACACAGCUGUUUACUGACUGUUUACCUGUUUACAUUGCAGUGAAUAAUCAAUAAUCAAUCAUUAAAAAUCAAUCAUGUAAGCAGAUAUCAAAUAUGGGAGUGGACUGAUACUUAUAAACUUAUAAUAGAGUUUAAUUAAACUGUGGUUUAAUUAAUAAAUGGAUAUGAGAAUGCGUCUUGUGUGCUCCUCAGUUAUUAUUCUUUCAUUGAUUACCGGGGCAUAUUUCGAUGAGCAAAAUCACAUAUAUGAAGAAUGUGAAGAGGUAAUACUGUGGAUGAACACAGUAGGACCUUUCUACAAUAAACAAGAAACAUAUGCUUAUUUUUCUUUGCCAUUCUGUGUUGGUUCCAAAGAGGUGAUCAACCACUACCAUGAAACCCUCAGUGAAGCUUUACUGGGAGUGGGACUUGUAUUCAGUGGCAUUGAUAUUGAUUUUAAGUUGAACAAGUCCAAACAAGAGUAUUGUUCUGUCCAACUGAAUGAUAGAUAUAAAGCUUUUGAAUAUGCAGUCAAAAACCAUUAUUGGUAUCAGAUGUACAUUGAUGAUCUCCCUAUAUGGGGUGUAGUUGGUACAAUAGCAGAUAACAAAUAUUAUAUUUGGACUCACAAGAAGUUCCAAAUUGGCUACAAUGGAAAGCAAAUCGUUGAUGUUAACUUAACUACUGAAAGAAAAGUCGAACUGACCCCUGAAACACAACUGACCUUUACCUAUGAAGUUAUAUGGACAAGGAGUGAUGUCAAAUUUAAGGAUAGAUUUGAUAAAUAUUUGGAGUAUGAUUUCUUCAAACACAAUGUCCAUUCAUAUGGCAUUUUCAGUAGUUUUAUUAUAGUUAUACUCCUAAUUGGUGUAGUAUCUAUGAUUUUAUGGAGAAUGCUAAGGAAAGAUUAUGCUGCAUUAUACUGCAAAGAUCAAGAUCUUGAUAAAAUGAAACCUGACAUAGUUGACGAAUAUGGUUGGAAACAGGUGCAUGGUGACGUUUUUAGAUCACCAUCUCAUUCUUUAUAUUUCUCUGCACUUAUUGGUUCUGGAUACCAACUGACUAUUAUUGCUUUUAUUGACAUAUGUUUUGCAGCCUUAGGAGGACUAUAUGCAAAUUUCUUUAAUAGGAGAGGCUCUCUACUUUUUACCUCAAUUUUCAUUUAUACCGUAACUUCUCCAAUAAACGGAUAUUUUGGUGGCUCGUUGUAUGCCAGAAUGGGCGGGAAAAUGUGGAUCCAACAAAUGAUUGUAUCUGCCUUCUUAUUACCGACUUUUGCAUGCAGUUAUCCAUUCUAUAUCAACUUGAUAGCUGUCUACUAUGAAUCAUCUAGAGUUAUAUCUUUUGGUACAAUGGUUGAAGUGGCUUGCAUUUUUAUUUUUGUGAUACUUCCUCUGACUCUGGUUGGUGCAGCAUUGGGCAGGGAGUUGGCUGGUCAACCGGAUUAUCCUUGCCACAUAAACACUGUACCUAGACCUAUUCCUGAAAAGAAGUGGUUUUUGAAACCUGGAAUUAUAUAUCUAUUGGGUGGAGUGCUGCCUUUUGCUAGUAUUUUCUCUGAAAUAUAUUUUGUCUUCACUUCCUUUUGGACUUACAAAAUCUACUACGAUUUUAUGCUUCUGGUUCUUAUUAAUUUAAUUAUUGUAACCAUAUGCAUCACGAUUGUAUGUACUUACUUUUUGCUGAAUGCUGAGGACUAUCGUUGGCAUUGGACGUCAUUUUUAAUUGCAGCUUCAACAUCCACCUAUGUCUACAUAUACGCCAUCUAUUACUUUAUCGCCAAAACAAAUAUGUAUGGACUAUUGCAGACGACUUUGUAUUUUGGAUACAUGACUCUGUUUUGUGGAGCUCUGGGCGUAAUUUGCGGAACCGUGGGAUAUGUAGGCGCUAGCAUAUUUGUCAAAAAAAUAUACUCUUCUAUUAAAAUCGCCAUGGUUGAGGAGAAUGAUGAUACAGACUGUCCUAAAAUAUGUAAAUUGUUGGACAAAGAUUCAGAUGAAAAUACAAAAAUUAACGGCUUUGGUACUGAUGGUUUUGGUCAAAAAAAUGAUCCUCGAAGAGACUUACAAAAUGAAUUUAGCAAUAAUUCUGUGGAAUGUCUGACCGAAGCUCAAAUUAGGGAGAAAAAUGUAGAAAACAACACAUUAGGAAGUGUGAAGUCGAAUUAAAAAAUUACUGUUAUUACAAUUUUAUUGAAGAUGAGAAUAGACUGAAUAGAAUUUAACAAAUUAAUCAAGGAAUGGUGUCUCAGAAAUAGCCUACAAUGUGGAAGAAUUUUCAAAAUGUUAUAUCCUAUUUUUAUACUUAAUAUAAGAAUAAAGUACUUUAUU